UGAAUGCUGUGUAUCGCAAAGCACGUGUUUGUUUUGAAUUUACAAGCUCUAACAAAAACAUUGAAAUUCAAAUAGUUUUAAUAAGAAAUGCUAGACUGGGGCGGUUAGGUGCAUUUGAAUGCAGCGUUGUUAACAGCGGGCGGUAGCUGGUCUGCGCUCUGAGCAGAGCUGCAGAGCUAGUGCAGUAAGUAACUACGGCCAGGUACGCUAGCGUCCUGCCUCGGUGAACGCAGUCAACGCGGCCUUUACGAGUGCUGGAUUAAAAGUAGCUAUAUUUUUUAUCAACCCCGCAGCCAUGGCGGCUGAGGCUGACAGGGUAGAGCCUGCGGAUAGCGAGCAAGAAGAGGAAGUCGAAGAUGUGUACGAAGUGGAGAGGAUCAUUGACAUGCGGGUGGAAGAGGGUGAAGUGCUCUACAGAGUCCGUUGGAAGAAUUACUGCUCGGAUGAUGACACUUGGGAGCCAGAGGCCCAUUUAGAAGACUGUCGCGAGGUCCUCUUAGCUUUUAAGAAGUCCAUGGCUGAGGUCAAGGCCAAGAAAGAGGCAGAAGCCAAGAAGAUUGUGAAACCGCUGCCUGCAAAGAGUGACGUGUUUGAUGCCGACUCCGAGAGUGAAAGUGAGGGCAAAGACCAUCCAACUGAGGAGGCCAUCAAGAAAAAGAAAAAGACAAAGGUCUGUGAAAAAGAGGAGGAACCACCUCCAAAAGAGAAAAAGAAGAAGAAGAAAGACAGACGGAAGGAGGAGUUCAGGCCUCUACCGGCACCCGAGACAGAUGACGAAGAAGAAGAGGAGAAAGCCCCGACUCCCCCCUCUCCUCUCAAGGAGAAGAAGACUGAUUCAAAAAAGCGUUUGGUUGACUCUGAAGAGGAGGACGAUGAGCCUGUUCCCUCCAAAAAACACAAGAAGGAAAAGGGGAAAGACGGAGGAAAGCAUAAGAAAGAAAAGGGAGAGGAGGGUAAGAAAAAGAAAGGGAAGAAGGAAAGGAAGACGGAAACCUCUGAAGACGAGGCCGCUGCACCACUAGAAGACGACCUGAGCUUGUCAGAGUCCCCAAUGGACGAUGCUGCAUCAACGGAUACAGCGGCAAAGUCAGCCGAAAAAGCCCGUGUGGACGACAAAGGCAAACAAAAGAAAGGGAAGUGGGAAGUAAAGCUGCAGGGCAUUAAGGACCUCAUCCAUGACAAAAAGAGCAAAAAGCCAGAUGCCACCCAGAAAGAAAGCAGCCUCCAGAAACUAAAGAACCUCACCUCUAAAGUCAAAGAGGACGCUGCCCUACACUCAGACUCCAGUGAUAGCUCCACCCUACAUAAGAAGGCCAAGAGCAAAGGGCAGGAGAGCACGCCAGCACCACCCAAAGUCCCGUCUUCCUCCACAUCCUCUUCGUCCUCCUCGUCCUCCGUCACAGCAGCUAGCAGCACCAAGCUGAAGGAGGAGGAGGUGGCUAAAGAGGAGGUACUGGGACAAAAAGAUGCCACGGGCUCCACUAAUCUGUUUGAAAAGUUCUUGUUGAACUGCGAGGCCAAGGACCGAGCCCCCCGCAGGCCGCCAGUGCAUCAGCCUGCCGCAGAGAAGAUCAGCAGCAAACCCACAAAGCUAAUAGGAAAGAUUGAGAAGAUCGCCAAGACAACCAAAGAGUCUCCAGCUCAGAAACCAGAAACUGAGAAGAUGGAGAAGACCAAGCAAUCAGAUGUCUCCAGACCCGGCCAGAGUUACGGCUUCAGCCUGGACAGUGACGAGAGGGAGGCAGAAGAGUCUACGGCAAUGCAGAAGCCGGGAGAGGAUUCCCGGGAGAGGAAGGAGAGGAAGGAGAGGCCAGAGGAGGCGCAGCGGCCCGGCUGGGAGAGGAAGACCCCAACAGAGGACAGGAGGAAGAGGAGAGAGGACAGUGAGCCCAGACUCUUCAUGGCAUGUGAUGACGGUCAUGACACCCAGGACCCACCAGAGGGCGCUGACAAAGCUGACAAAGGCCAAGCCACUUUGAGUCUAGGAAUGGACCUCAACCUGGACUGGAUGACUCUGGACGACUUCCAGAAACAUCUGAACGGGGAAGAUGAGAUCCUGUCAGGUCCACCGUUAUCACCCAGUGAGUUGCGGGAUGCUGUGAAAAGUGGAGAUUACAUGGCUGUAAAAUUGGCACUUAAUUCCAAAGAGGACUACAAUUUGGACCAAGAGGCUUGUACUAUUGGUGAGACGAGGUCAUUUGAAGGAGAGAGGCGCUUGAUUGAAGAGAGAAGUUCGAGCAAUGCUCUUAGGUUGACUUCUAACCUUGACAGUGCAAGAAAUGAAGAGAGUACUCCAAGAGUAAAACACAAUAUCCCACAAGAUCUGGAUUGUCCAAAAGAUGGCGAAAAAAUGCCAAGCUGCCUUGUCAGUAUAAACACUGAGCAAGUGACACUGAGGGAAAAUGAAAAGGUCCAAACAGGUGGAAAGGACAUAACUGAAUCCAAAAACGCUGCUUGUGAUUCAACUACCAAACAGGAAAGUCAAGGAAAAGAAGGUCAGAAGCAAGCACAGGAAAACGCGAUGUCAGACACAAAUGGUGGUUUAUCAAGUAAAAUGAGUUUGGAAUUUGAUUAUUCCAAUCUAAACAGAAAUGCAGAAGGGAUGCUGACAGGGGACAAUGACAAAACGGAACAAAAGGGCGUAGCUAACGAGCAAAGGUCCCCUGGGGAAGCAAAUGACUCUUGUGAUGAGGCAGAGCAUGUGAUGGCAGGUCAGUCAGAUGGUACGGAUCAAGUUCUGUCUGAGUCGGGCACAAAGGAGAUUCCUAAAAGGCGAGGCAGGAAAACUGUGGAGAACAAACAACCAACACGAUCCAGUUCAAGGACCUGUAAGAAAGUGUUUGAAACAAUACCUAGCACAGUGGAUGAUGAGAGAAAAGAGACAGGAAAAAAGCACUUCUGUUUAUAUUGCAAAAUGGCUUUUACCCAACUUGCAAAGCACUUGGAAAAGAAACAUGCAGAGGAAAUAGAUGUUGCCCAUGCAAUACACUUUCCCAAAGGUUCCAAAGUUAGACAGUCUUUGCUUGACCAAAUUCGGAAUAAAGGAGAUUAUGAACAUAAUUGCCAAGUUCUCAAAAGUGGCGAGGGGGAAAUUGUGACCAAGAAACAGGUUAGAAAUCCCAGCGUAUCGGUUCGUGACUUCCUGCCCUGCCAGCACUGUUUUGCUUUUUAUCGGAAAACUGAUUUAUGGAGACAUGAGCGGUCAUGUAAGGCCAGAAAAGGAGAUCAGAAACCCUCUGACGGGAAAAAGAGAAGCAGAGUCCACAGUGCUGCCUCUCGGCUGCUUCCAAUGUCUGAGUUCUUAACUGGAGGCUGUGAGGAAAUUAUUCACAUCAUGCAUCAAGAUGAUAUCUCGAGGCACAUCAGAAAUGACCCACUUAUUUGUAAAUAUGGCAACGCGUUGUCUGCUAAGUAUGACCAUGACAAGUCCCAGUUUGCUUAUAUUGCACAAAAGAUGAGGGAACUGGGUAGAUUCGUGGUGGCUGUUAAUGAGCUAGACAAGAGCGUGAAGUACUUGCAUGAAAUAUGUCUACCAUCCAAAUUUGAAUUAGCCGUUGAAGGGGCCAAAAAAGCUAGUGGUUUUGACCCCAGUUCCAGUAAGUUUAAAACCUUUUCCCUUGUCACAAAGCUCGGCUACUCUUUGAAACGAGCUGCGGAAAUAGCUUUUGGGGAAAGUCGCAUGACAGAGGACAGUGAAACUGAAAGUGAAGUGAAAAAGUUCAUACAACUUCUUGAUACAAAAUGGAGUGAGUGUUUUUCUCGCAAAGCUCUUGCAAUAUCUCUAAGGCAUGAGGUGAAGAAAGUGGAAGUAGACAAAUCAACAGUGACGGAAGAUUUGAUAAAACUCCACAAGUUUAUCACAGGGGAAGAAGAGGAAGCUAGGAAGGAGUUGAAAGAGAGUCCUAAUAUGUCAACAUGGAAAAAGCUCAGCGAGGCCACUCUGGCAGAUGUGUGUCUCUUUAACAGAGGAAGGGUAGGAAAUAUUGGUAGAAUGCUCUUGCAAACGUACACUUGCAAAAAGAGUAGGGGAACAUUUGUGCCCUCUGCAGAUCAAAUAAGGAAAAGCACAAAAUUGGAGCUUGACCUUGGUAGCAGUUUCACCAGGUUAGAACUAGAGGGUCAGUAUGGGAGGAACAUGCUGGUUAUGCUAACGGAAAGGAUGGUUUUGUCAAUCGACUUACUCAUUGAAAAUCGAGAACAGGCGGGUGUGUCGAAAAAAAACCCAUACCUGUUUGCCCGGACUGAAGGUCCAUCCUUCAUCAGAGGAUUGGAUUGUUUCCGAAGGUCUGCAGUGGAAUGUGGAGUUAAAAACCCAGAAGCACUAUUGUCCUCAUCAUUAAGAGAGCAGAUUGCCAGCUGCUGGCAGCUAAUGAGCCUCGGUGAAGGCGAAGUGGAUCAAGUGGCCAAGCUGUUAGGAAAGAGCAGCGAGGAGUGUUACAGCCUCUCAAAAAAUGCAUCACAGCUGGAGGAAGUGAGCAAACAACUUCUCAAGAUGGAUCGAACACUGCCAUCAGGUUCAUCCAGCACUGCAAGUGAUGGAACUGUGCAGAAGGCCGCUUUAAAGCGAAGACCUUGGAAUGAGAGGGAGCAGGCUGCAGUGAAGCGUUACUUGAGUGAAUUUAUCACAGGGCUGAAGGUUCCAGGCAAAAAGGAGUGCAAUGCUUGCAUAGCUGCUGAACCAGAUCUUGGUGGAAGAUCUUGGACGGAUGUCAAAAACUAUGUACACAAUACUCUACAGACAAUAAGGAGGAGAAAUAUCCAGCAUCCGUCUGAAGGAAAUGUGAGUCCAAUGCAUCCAAAAGCUGGAGUGGAAACCACAGACAAAGAUUUGGAAGACUCAAACAUCGUUUGUAGUCUGACAACAGUGCAUCCAGAUCACCUGAGUGAAAGUUCACAUUGUUGUAUGACAAUGGCUCCAACCAACUUCCCCCAAGAGAUCACUUCAACUUAUGCAUCCUUGUGUUCUGCUAGUGCAAACAUGAUCCAUACAGGUCAACCGUUGAUUUCUACUUUCACACCAUUGAAUGCUACGGAUACACAAGUGGUUCCUACAUUUACUCCACACAACACUACAAAUGCACUAAUGCCUCCUCCUUACACAUCAGAGAACAACAUCAUUAUGCCAUUGUCUCCUUCUUAUACACAGAAUGCCACAAUUAUGCCACCAUCUUCUGUGUAUAUACCCCAGGACACUACAGGUUCAACAAUGAUUCCUAAUUUUGCCACCUUUACUGCUCCAAGCACCUCAAUGGUUCCUACAUUCACAAGUGCUACAAGUGCACCAAUGGUCCCUGAAUUCUCAACACUAAAUGACAGAAGUAGGCCUAUAAUUUCUUCAUUCACACCUCUGAACCAUUCAAGUGCACCAGAUUACCCCACAGGCCCUUCACCAUGUAGGGCCCCUACAACUGCACAGGUUGUCCCAACAAUCCAUAGACCCAGUGUGCUUGACAGAACACCUCUUGUACAGGAAACUAUGUCUGCUGCAGGAAAAGGAGUUACUCCAGCUGUCAAGCCUCAAAAGAGAAACAAGAGGUUGUGGAGUGAGGAGGAACAGGCUGCGGUGAGGCGUCAGUUUGGAGACUUCUGUAAACUGGUCAAAGUGCCAGGCAAAAAGGAUUGUGAUGCAUGUUUAGCUGCUGAACCUGCCUUGAACACCAGAACAUGGAGGGAAGUCAAAUAUUUUGUACAUAACUCAAUUCAGUCAAUGAAAAGAAGAGGGCAUGAUGUUGCCACCAAACAAAGUGGAGGUCAGGAACCAGAGACUGAUAAUAAUCCAAACACGGAUUGGGAUGGUCCCGUUUAUCUGUCCCUGUAAAUAUUUGUCAUGGACUUCCAAAACAUAAGUGUUAAAAUAAGUGAUCUGUGAGACUUUAGAGAUGUGCGAGGGCUGUGCUUUUAACCUCACAUUAUAUGGGGCUUAAGAAUUCAGUGGCUGUGAAUUGUUGUAAAAUGUACUGUCAGUGAACCAUGGUCUCAGUAGCCAUACGGAUCUUGACAAAACAGACUGCAUUGCCAUUCUUUUUAUCACACUUUUUAAAAAGGUCCUGAAGUAUUUGGAAUCUAGUCCACCGGACCAAGCUAUUGGCAUACUGUUGCAUGAAUAUACAUGAAAUGGGUGGAACAAAGGACAUUUGUAUUGUAGCUUUGGCUCAGAAAAGGCUAUUAAUGUUUUGAUAUGGUUAGAUUGCAUAUAAACAUAUGUUUCACAGUCAAAUAUGUAACACUCUCAAAAGUACUCUUAAUUUAGAUGUGAUCAUUUAGUAAAUGUUAACCUCAUUUUGCUAGGAUUUGCAACCUCCCACCAGUCAUUGGCUGUGGCAAGUAGCCACUGUGGCACCCAAACAUGCUUUCACGAUUUCGAAUGCAAUAUUCUUAAAAAAAAAGAAAAAAAGUGUAAGCAAUGGCUGAAUUGUUUGGGACUCCCCAGCCAACAUGUGACCAGGUCAUUUCCCACCGGCAAUGAGCAAAGGUAGUAGGAUUUUUCCUCUUCAUUACUUAAAGGUACUCUAAGCGAUGUCACACGUUUUUUUAGGCUACAACAUUUUUUGUCACAUAUAGCAAACA